CAGCAACAACAGAUGGUUGGUGAUGAGCUGGAUGAUGCCACACAUGAGCGCAUGCAGCAGCGUGCCCAGCAGCUGAACCAGGAGAUGUCUCGGCUGCUGCAGGAGCUGGAGCAGAAGAGCGGCUUUACCUGGGGAGCCCUGCUCUCGGCUGCCCGGCAGCACUGGUGGUUAUGGGCCAUUGCUGCACCCCUGGUCCUGUGCUUAGUGCUGUGGUGCUGUCCCAGCAAAAGCAGCCAUCAGCCAGAGAGCAGCAGCAAGGAGGGCAGCUCACAAAACAAGGCGUGUAAGGAGGACCAAGAAGAGGAACCCAGUGUUGCGCUGGAUGUGGCAAGAGUUUCGACCAAGUGCCCCCCGGAUCUGUCAGAACUGUCUGUGAUGCUGCAGCAGCUGUUGAAUAAGCUGCUCUAUGUCUGCCAAGAACUCUCCAGGACCAGUUUCAUGCCACGACUGAAGCCAGCCAUCAGUGUGGGCAUUGCCUUACAAGGCUCGAUUCCCCACAAGACUUACGCUGUCUACCGCUUGCUCGUGCCCCUGGAGCCCCCCCAAGGACAUGCCUUCCAUAUGGAGUGGGGCACCACAGAGGGGGAGCUGCUGAGGAACCCCAUGCUCCGCGUAGAGCUGAAGUGCACCUGCGGGCAGGAGCAGCUGGUGGCGGGCGCGCUGUGCUUCAUCCACCACCCCAAGGAGCAGCUGAUGGAAAAUCAGGGUGCCAGCCUCCUAGGCACCCUCUGCACUGGCCCCUACCUGGACAUGGAGAAAACCACCCGCUGGUUCCAGAUAUUGCUAAAAGCAGCCUGGCAGCGUUUGCCUAAGUCGGAACACUGCGGUCUGACAGUGCUGCCCUCCAGGCGCUCCUGCAAGGUCCAGCUGAUGUACGGUUCCAAAGCUUCCCUCCUGACUGAGAUGAUGUUUGGGUUGCAGCAGGAUGACACGGACAUCUUCCUGAUCAUCAAGUAGGCAGAGGCCACUGUUGCCAGCAGCAGGACGCAGCCAGAGAGCUGUGCUAUGGGAGAGGUUCAGUUCUUCAUGCACAGGGCCAGUCCUCAAGACACUCCCCGGAGAGCUGGUGCUGCACAACGGAGCGCAUCGGACACGCACAACACACUGCUCUGUUUGCAACGGCAAUUGCUGCCGCACCUUUCCUCCACAGCAAAAGCGCACUGUGGGGCGCGGGGCCCGAUGCAGCGGAAGGGACCGAUGCAAGGAGCCUUGGUGAGGAGCUGGAUGAGGCCACGCGAGAGUGCAUGCAGCAGCACUUUUCAUGAAGUUAAGCACGAAGAAACACCGUUGCGGUGGAACUUAGGUGGUGACGCAAGUGGAGGCAGACUGAGAAACACUAUGCCUACGUGGCUGGGUUCGGACAAAAUGGAAAAAUGCCUUUUAUUGUUUAUAUAAAUUGUAUAUAAAUAUCUUCGAUAGUACAUGUGUCAGACCCUGACAGGCUUUCUGUGUCCUUCUUGUUUGCUAUUUGCUGUUGCUGUAGGUGCCCGUAUGCUACGGUUCUAAGUUCCGGUUCUUCACAUCCUGUUUACAUACCUGACAAUUUGGGGCUGUCUGAAAGGUACACGGCUAAGUCUUUAAAGCAACUAACUCGUCUGCAGACCCACUACAGACCCCAGCAAUCUUCAUACAGGGCAGUGUGCUACAGCACAAUUUUGUCAUUCUGUUUACCUCCAGCAUGUGGUGUGAGUGGGCACAUGGCAGGAGAUACUCCCUUUUUAUCUUGGUGGUUUUCAAAUAAGGAAAGAAAAAAAGAAUUAAAAGCAACAGAAACCCACCCUUGGGCUGCAUGUGGGAGGGCCAGGCCAGAAGGCAGCAGGUCUUGGGAGAGUCGGGCGGUGCUGGCUGUCCCCACAGCCACUUUGGAUCAUGGGAAGCAUUAGGAAACUUUCACAACUGGCCCAGGCCAAGCCAGGAGAGAGGCCGGGAGGCAAAGUAUGGACUUACAAGAGUGAUUCUUUACUCGUGCGCAUGAGGUGUCCCAUUCAAACUGGGGCACCCCGAACACGGCUUUACACGAGGUUCUCAGACCUCAACAUGAUUUGACCAAUCCCUCUUUAACUCAGAGAUACUAUUAUUUUGCAAAGCAGCUGCAAUUCUAUGGCAUCACGUGGCAUCACGUCCCACCUGCCGCGUUCUUGAUGUAAACGACCCUGGAGCUGGUCUCGCUACGGUUACUUAUCGGUGCUGCCAGGCAACGGGGGGGUUUCACAGAGGUGUUAGAGGGGCUCGGAGGCAGGCAUGGUAGUCUGCGAUUGGGGCAUUCAGAGCACGUGAGUAAGGGACAGGAUCCAGGAGAAGUCCAGGAGGCCAAGUUGAGCCACCCACCCAGCCACCUGCAUCAGAACCAGUGCCACCAGGAAAGCGCCUAAGUAUUAGCAGCUGGAGCGUCUGUCCUGAGAGGCACCGAAGCACCUGUCUGCUGCCCAGACAGUUUCUCUAGAGAAGCUUGCUGCCCACCAGGAGUUCACAGUCGUGACGUCACCGACAGGCUGCCAAGCCUGCUGAAGCCUACAGGUUAUCGUCCACUCCUACUAUGCAAUGUAAGGUCUAGUGAUGCUGUGACGAGGCAGCUGAGGACCAUCAAAUCAAACUGUAGCCCCGCGGAGCAAUGCUAAAAGAAUCAGGAGCGCAGGUGGUGUUCUCCUCCAUCCUCCCAGGCAGAGGAGGGGCUUCAGCAAGGAGGAGACAUGCUGAAUAGAAGAGUGCCUGGCUGCGUAGCUGGGGCUCAAGGUUUUGGCUUCCAUCAUCGUGGAUCUACCCUUGAGAAGCUGCGUCUCUUGGGAGCUGGGGACAUUCACCUGACCUCAUACCGCAGGGCAGGAGAGGGCAGAAUGCGGGACACCGAAACG